AUGGCCUUUACUGCGAGAUGGGGAAUUCUUGCAACCGGCUGGAUCGCUGAGAAAUUCACCAUCGAUCUCUUGAUAGAUCCGGCCACUCGGGGGACCGCCGAUGUUGCGCAUGUGGUUGCAGCAGUAGCCUCCUCGUCAGGUGAGGCUCAAGCCCGAUCUUUUGCAACCAAGGUGAAGGCACCGCACGACACUGUCUGCUACGGAGGCUACGAAGAUCUGGUGAAGGACAAGAACGUCGACAUCGUUUACAUCGCUAGCCCUCACUCGCACCAUUUCGCGCAUGCCCUGCUCGCACUCAACGCCGGAAAGCAUGUCGUAUGCGAGAAGCCAAUUACUGUCAACGCUCGACAAGCUGAGAUCCUUUACAAGACGGCGAAGAAGAACAAUCUGUUCUUUCUAGACGCUGUCUGGACCAGAUAUUUUCCGCUUAGUGUUCAGAUCCGACAGAUCAUCACAUCUGGCGAGGUAGGCGAGAUCCUUAGGGUCACUGCAGACACCAGCAUGGGAGAGGAGAUGGACGACCUCUGGAAGCGGCAAAAACGGCGUAAAGUCAAUCUCGAUCUCGCAGGCGGUGCGUUGCUAGAAAUCGGCAUCUACUCUAUCACAUGGAUCUUUCAGACCCUAUACCACACACUUCCGGCCUCGAAGCGCCAACCACCCAACAAGAUCAUGUCACACAUGGUUAAGUACCCGGAGACGGGCGUCGACGAAGACACGACAUUCAUCGUCUCGUUCCCAACAUCCAGCCCCAGCGGCUCAUCAGGCCGAGGCUCUCACGGCGUUGGUAUGACUGCCUUCCCUUUGGCGACCGACCCGGACCAACGUGGCACUGCUGGUCCGAGCGUACGUAUACAGGGCACCAAGGGCGAAAUUCAGGUACUUGGCAUGCCGUUCCAACCUGAUAGAUACAAAGUCGUUCCUCUGCGAGAUGGCGAUGCUACAAUGUCUGUACGCGAGGUACUCUGUCCGUUCCCAGCUGGCGGCCAUGGCAUGUACUAUGAGGCGGAUGAAGCAGCGCGUUGCGUACGCGAAGGUAAGUUGGAAAGUGAGACGAUGCCGUGGGAUGAGAGUCUGCUUAUCAUGAAGGUCAUGGAUGACAUACGGGAACAAGGUGGAUUGAAGUAUCCUGAUGCCAUUGAGUCCACUGACCUUCACUAG